AGGUGACGAAUCGUGUGGUCAAAAAACGGAGUUGAGCGCAUUUUCCAUCUAUUUUAGACUCCAUCCAACAUCCAACAUUAUUUACUUGUGAGAAAGGACAAAAUAAAAAGAACAUUUGGAAAGAUCGACCAUGUCAUCCUUGCUGCGACGAACCAUCCCUGUUGCUUCCAAGGCAUGUAUUCGUCGUCAGUAUGCAAAUCAGCCGAGUAGAUCCCGGAUUGCUUCGGCUACCCUUAAAAGGCCCUUCUCAUGGCAACGGGAUUCCCGUGCUCCCAUUGGGAAAAUCCAUGUUCGGUCUCUGGCGACAUGUCUCCAAAAUCCACAGGACAAUGACGAGAAGGAUCGCUGUCAAAAUAGAAGAGAGCGCUCAAGUUCUGAAUUUGGUACCUCGAGCUGGGUUUCCUUGGAGAACGCAACCAAUGCUCAUCAGUUCUCGCAGACAGCUCGAACUGGUCUAAUUCCUUUCACGGCUGAUGACCGCCAACAGCCACAUAGGACCAAGCAAUCUUGGAACAGUAUUAGUAGUCGAAGCAUCUCAACAUCAUUGGCUCGCUAUCGACAACCACCCAGUAGCAUUCGAGCGACGAUGCAUCUUAGUCAGUUGGUGGCGGCCGAUCGAGCUGCCACGGAUCUGGCCAUGAGAUCGCUCAUGACAUGGGCUUCGAGCCACCAGACAUAUCAUCAUCAUCAGUCGUCACGUCAGCUGGUGGCCUUUGUCUCUACCAACAGCGACGGCUCGAGACCCCGGGAUCCCAAAAUUCUCAAGAGUGGAAUUCGAACACACAAAAUCCCAACGCCUCCCUCAGGACCCAGCCAGCAAUCCAUGAAACCAGAGGAUGUCAUGGAGGAAAUCAACAAGAAAAGCAAAACUGUCAUUAUGCCCGCACUGCAGAAUGCCAUGAAAGCUGUCCUCAGCUUUAUCAUCAAUCUGCCAAGAAACAUGAUUUACUAUGCUCUGCGUCCCUCAGAAGUCAAGGAAUGGUGGAACAAUAUGAAAAAAGUCGUCAUGGAUGAGGUGGAUCAUUACUGGGUGGGAACCAAGCUUCUGUGGGCAGAUCUCAAAACGGCUCGCAAUCUACUAAGGAGAACGCUGCGAGGAUCCUCGCUCACUCGACGAGAACGAAAGCAGCUGCUCAGAACCAUUUCCGAUCUCUUUCGGUUGGUGCCAUUUUCCAUGUUCUUGAUCAUUCCACUCAUGGAGUUUGCACUGCCGUUUGCGCUUCGAAUCUUUCCCAACUUGCUGCCCAGUACCUUUCAGGAUUCUCUCAAGGCAGAAGAGAGCAUGAAACGAGAGCUGCAAACACGAAUUGCCAUGGCCAAGUUCUUUCAAGAAACUUUGGAGGAAUUGGCCAAAGAACAGAAGCAAUCAGCAUCUCAUUUGAAACAAGAGAUUGAAGAGUCUGGAGAGGAAGGUUUGGAUGAGUCUGUAGUGGCAGCACAAGAGGCGAGUGCUGGCUCUUUUCUUGGAUUUCUAGAAAAAGCUCGAAACGGGGAGAUGAUUCCCAAUGAUGUCAUUGUGCGCUACGCCCACUACUUCAAAGAUGAUCUGACCCUUGAUAACAUGCCGAGAAUGCAGUUGAUCAAUAUGUGCAAGUACAUGGGCAUUGCACCCUAUGGCGGGGAUUACGUCUUGCGAUUUCAAUUACGUCAUCGAAUGAGAAGUUUGCAAGAGGAUGACCAACGUAUUUUGUGGGAAGGGAUCGAUUCUUUGACAAAGAUGGAACUUCGGGAAGCAUGCCAGGAACGUGGGAUGCGCUCGACGGGCCUCAGCAAAGACGCAUACAAACGCUCUCUACAGCAAUGGCUUGAUCUCAGUGUCAAGCAGAAUGUUCCUACCUCUCUGCUCAUCAUGAGUCGUACCUUCUUUCUCAGAGAGGAAAUGUUCGAACGCGAAACUGAUGACGGGACCAAGAGCAUUGCUGGUCUAGCCGACGCCAUUUCGGGCUUGGAUAAGGAAGUUGUGAAUGAGGUGAUCUUGGAUGUGGCCACUUCUCAAGAAAAAAUGUCUGACCCUGGAGUGCGAAAGAUCAAGCUCGAAGUGCUCAUGAAACAAAACGAGUUGAUUGCCGAGGAACAAGCUGAGAGAGAAGAAGCUGCUGCGAAGAAGAAAGAACAGGCUGACAAGGAGAAGAAAGAGGCCGAAAAAGAAACGACUUCAGAUGAAGUUACAUUCACCGAUAGCACGAUUCAAGUUCCUGAAACUAUGCAUACAGUGGACGCGACGACAGAUAUUAGCUCUGACAGCCAAAGUAGUGUGGUUGCUGAAACUGAGAUACCGACCGCCGAAAAGGCCGAGAAGGAAUCAAGGGCAGAAGAUGACCUUUCCACGGCCGAAAUGGAUGCCAUAUCGCAGCUUGUUUCGGCUGAUCCAGUCAGCAAAGAAAGAGCUGAUUUAGAAUCCAUCAAGGCAGCACUCCAGGACGAACUACAAAAAAAGACCGACGACGAAACACUUAUUGAGGGAGGGGAGGAGGAAGUUUUAGUCGCUGCAUCUGCACCUCUUGAUGAUUUGCAGCAUACUGAUAGCAGCGUCAUGGACGAACCGGCCUCAGCCACGGUGGCCAAAACCGAAAGCGAUGAAGAAACACAAACUGAACACGAAAUGGUCGUCCCAGAGGACCCAGUUGUCGCCAGGUUAAAGAAGAGAAUCGAAUCGAUGGUGGACAAGAUAGAGGUUCAGCUUUCCGAUGUGGAGUUGAAGAUUGGUGAUAAACUCCACGUUCUUGAUCGAGACAUGGAUGGAAUCUUGACAGUGGAGGAACUUGCUGAAGCCCUUCAACUUGUAUUGAAGAGAAACAUUACGCUUGAGGAGGCUAUGGAGCUCGCGGAGCAAAUGGACACGAACCAGGAUGGAGUGUUCACGGUUCAAGAGCUCAUUGAAUGGAUUGAGACGAAUCAGCUAGUGAAAUUCGUCGAGGAGGGAAGUGAAAACGCGGACAGUCUUAUGAAUAGAAUCAAGGAGAAGCAAUCUGCAGCAGAGCAAGAGCAGCAAUCAGAAGAAGUGAAGCCUGGAUCCUGAUAAACAGUGAAUAGAGACGAUUCAAAUUUUUGCUACUGAACUGAUCAUUGACCUGACCUGCCCUGAUGGAUGGGUCUCCCCCCAAAAUCUAUCCCUACCCUCGCACUUGUCACAAGCUACAGGUAGCACAUUGCCUUUGGGAAACCAUCUUCCAGGAUAUACAAUGCGGGAAAACAAGAUACUCGUAUGCAAGUGCUCUUUCGGAUCCUCGCUUGCAGCAUGCGAAAUUGGUCAAAGGGAAGCGAGAAUGUGCAACCUGCCUGCUAGCUAUAGUUAGAUAGAUUCGGCACAACGAAGGACAAGCAUUGGCUGCGGAGUCAGAGCCUAUGUAAACAGUCAGGCAAAAUGAUGCUGAGCGAUUACUUGUAUACAAACAGAAAGCGAAGUCUGACCAAUGCUUUGCUUCCAAAUCACCCUUGAUUCUCCCCCGUCGUGUUGUGCACCUUUUAAAAUCCCUUGUACUUCACACGGUCUCCUCACAAAUUUCACCCAGCUCCAACCUGGCAGCUAGUCACUUGUCAAUUCCAUGACAUCGACAGCACAAGCGUUGCACACCCAUUGCUCAGGAUCUUGCAGUUCGGGAGAACAACAUUCCUUGUGCACUACACAAUCGCAGAACUCGCACCGAAAUAGACGACCCUCCUCUUCACAGAUGCAACAUGCGGAAGCAUGGACGCCAUGAAACCUUGGCAGAUCAUGUUUGGCAGCUGCCUCCAGGACAGCUUUAAUGCGCGCUUCAGCGGGCAUGCCUCGGAAGCUUUCGGGGACCAAGUUGUGCGACCCGUCAACGAGAGUUCUGUAGGGCCUUUCCCCUUGGACUCUUCCCAUAUACUCUGAAAGGGCUAGAUCAAACAGAUUCAUGUUAAGAAUCAGAGCUGACUUCGAAGGUGCGAGAAGUAGCUGCUGGGUCCCUUCAGACCAUCCAAAUUGCUCUGCUUUCCACCAGAGCGGCAAUUCUCGCAGCUCGACACUUGCGAGUAGCACAACAAAAGCUUGGGUCACGGCUUGAAUUGACGUGCUUUGGCGGAUGAAACGGCGGAAGCUUCUCCCAACCGUCGGUUUCCACACUUGCUUUCGGAGAUUGCCAAGUUCGUCCUUUUUUCCGUUGAAAAGAGAAGGUUGCAAUUGCGUAGGUAUGUCCCUUGCAAUCCUGAGGAGGAGCAGCUUCGCGAAACCAAGAUAUCCUCUGCUACAAGGAACAGGCAUCGAUAAGUCGGUCUCUCCAAACCCGCAGUUGUAUCUCUUGUUGGCGGUGUGGUGCUCGAGUGUUCUUUCAGCAUCAAGGACGCACAGAGAGCAACCGGUGCAUUUACCGCUCGAUCUAGCUGGAGAUUGCGGAAAAAUGCUGCAGUGACUCCUGUAUGGCGGUAACGAUAGCCCUCCUAACUCUUUCUUCGCUUCAACAUUCUGAAGGCCUUUCAGAGCUCCACUUGACAAUCGUAGGGACGUGUCGCUCUUCAAGUCAAACAGAAACACUGUCUUGGCUAGCAGUGGAAGAAUCUGGUGCAAAGGAUUGGCUUGGAAGGAUUGGGACCGAUUGACUGCUCGUGGUCCGGACCUUAUCGUAGAGACUAUAUCGUCGACACUGAGAGACAAUCGAAAUCUAGAUGGUCCACAAACAAUUGUGGAACCAUGCGGACCGACAACAGAAGCAGCGGCUUCACCGGUUUUCGCCAAGUCGCUCAGCUUGGCUGAGCAGAGGCAUGCUGCCGCCAAUGCGUGUCGACGUAGUGUUUCCGCAACUCCACCUCAGAUGGAAACGAUACCAGUUGCAGCUGACUUUGUGGGCUCUGUUGUUCAUAAUAUGUGCAACCCCACAGGCAAGAAUGGGCAUGGUUGCCAAGCGUAAGCCUUGCAUUCGAUUCCCUCUCGUUGUUUUGAUCCAAAACAAGCUUUCUGAAGACGUCCUCGCAUACAUGAACUUGGUUGCGAGCGAGCUCUUCAACGUAGAGCGCACAAGGAUCGUUCUGACGUUACGAAGAAGUACGGUAUGAGGGCAAUGGAGGGAGUGGCAUGCGAAACUCCGAAUUGCAAUGAGCAUCAUGUGCUUACCGGUAGCCAAAGCAUCGAUCUCCCGUCUGGAAAAUGACCCAACACGUCUUUCCGGCCAGAGCUUUUGCCUGCGUACAAUGCAGCAAUCUCGUCCACAUUUACAUUCACAUUUGGGGACACCAAACAACCCGCCCCUGCCUGCGUAGCUCUACUUGGGGGCGAUGGCUGUACUAGUAGUUUUGACGUACUCGUGGAUGCUCCAGCAUCAGCCAUCGCCAAAUCUCUCACAUCGAUUCUGGGAGAUUUUUGGUUAGGAUCCUCGUCGCGAAUGAGAUGCAUUGGUUGGUUGCUUUCAGACGAUAAAAGAGUACCGGUAGCCCCGGCUUCUUUUUGCACCGUUUGAUUGGAAUCGCCAAGACCUGGGACCUUGAUUUUACCGUCCCGCAUGGCAUUGGCGGCGGUCACAGCGUCUUGGCUUCCCUCUUCAAUCGGGGAAAGAUCAGCCGGAUCGUACAUGAUGGUUUUGACUUCGCUAUACACUCCCAAACUAGAGGAAAAGAAUAUAACCACUGCAAAACCAUCAGGAUGGACAUGAAAGACGCGGGAACUCAGCACAAGAUUUUACUUACCCGGAAUCACUUCAAUAUCAUCCAAAUUGGUGCUUUUGUUGAUAUUCAGGUCUGCAGUGAUAUUCACAUAGGCAAAGAACUUUUCCUCGCUAGUUUUUCCAUCGCGCUCUGAUUCGUCAAUGAAUGUUACCUGAAGGCGCGGAAUGAAAAUGAACAAUGAGCCAUACAAUUCCAAUUUGGAAAGCACAACAACAGUGACGAGGCACAAUUUUUGCCACUUUUUCCCAAAAGCAAGGACUCACAAGCUGGCCAUGCCAUUUCUCCACUGGAACAGUCAACAAGCCUUCGUUUUCAUUGCAUAUGCUCCCUGCGUUUGAACCGGUAGGGGACGGCGGGGAGCCUCCUCGAAUUCUCUCCGUUGGAUCGUGUGCAUUGCCAUCAUAGUUAUCUGCUAACGGCAAGGCACAUAGUUGUGGGCAUCACAAGGUAUUGGCAAAGAAACGCAAGUUUGCUUCAAAAAUACUUACCGAAAUUGCGGUGUUGGUGCAUUUGGCCACUACCAUGCCACCCAGGUUGUCCACCAUAGUAUUCUUGUUGUCUGCGUGCGGUUCGGUUGUAGCUCAGACCAUGUGCAUAUUGCUGAGGAUUGGUAGGGCGCUGUUGCGGAUGCUGUGGCUGUACCAACAUCACCGGUUGGGGAGGCUGUUGUGGUGGUGCAACCUGCUGCUGCUGCCUCUGUGCAUUUACCUGCCGUGCAUGCUGCUUCUUGAACUCGUCUUCUGCUAGACGGUCAAGGGGAAGGAUAUCGGUGGGAAGGGCGUACGAUCCCCUGCAAGCAGAAUACAACACAACAGUAUGGUAUGGUCAGGGC